CCGUGCAGUGUGCUUGAAUCCAGCUAGUCUGAGCCCCAGCUCAGGGCCGGCGCGGAUUCGCAAGGACCCCCCCCAGGAAGACCCUUUACCUGGCCACCGCUCUCCUCGUGGCUGGCCGGAGGAGUCCUGUGCGCUGUAGCCGCAGGUUAUACGCCCUCCGGGAGGCACGUGACCGGACGGGGGCGGGGCCUGAUGGAGCCCCGCCCCGUCCAGUUAACUGGCGGCACAUUGCGCGGGCGCCCAGUUCGCGGAGUGGCAGCGGUCUCCGAGGUGGCGUCCGGGAAGCCAGGGUCAUGGCCACGGUGCGGGAGAAGGCGGCCGCGCUGAACCUCUCGGCUUUGCACAGUCCGGCGCAGAAGCCUCCCGGUUUCAGUGUGGCCCAGAAGCCAUUUGGAGCCACAUACAUAUGGAGCAGCAUUAUAAAUACUCUUCAGACACAAGUGGAAGUAAAACAACGAAGGCACCACUUGAAACGACACAAUGACUGCUUUGUCGGUUCAGAAGCUGUGGAUGUCGUAUAUUCUCACCUAAUCCAGAAUAAGUACUUUGGCGAUGUAGAUAUUCCUCGGGCCAAAGUGGUGAGAGUGUGUCAAGCACUUAUGGACUACAAAGUAUUCGAAGCAGUUCCAACCAAGGUGUUUGGAAAAGACAAAAAGCCUACAUUUGAAGACAGUAGUUGCAGCCUGUAUAGAUUCACAACGAUACAUAACCAAGACAGUCAGUUAGGCAAAGAGAACAAAGUAUAUUCACCUUCCAGAUAUGCAGAUGCAUUGUUUAACUCAUCUGAUAUCAAAUCGGACAGUUUGGAGGACCUGUGGGAAAAUCUGAGCCUAAAGCCUGCUAACUCCCCUCGUGUGAAUAUCUCUGCAACCUUGUCUCCACAAGUUAUUAACGAAGUGUGGCAAGAAGAAACAAUUGGGCGUCUGCUACAGCUUGUAGACCUUCCACUUCUUGACUCCUUACUCAGACAGAAAGAGGUUGUACCUAAAGUUCCUCAACCCAAGCGGCAGCCUGACAUGAUCAACAGCAGUAACUAUCUGGAUCGAGGGAUUCUCAAGGCCUAUGGUGACUCUCAGGAAGAUGAAUGGCUCUCUGCUGCGAUUGACUGCUUGGAAUACCUUCCAGACCAGAUGGUGGUAGACAUAAGCAGAAACUUUCCUGAGCAACCAGAUAGAACAGACUUAGUGAAGGAACUUCUGUUUGAUGCCAUUGGCAAAUAUUACAGUAGUAGAGAACCACUAUUAAAUCACCUAUCUGAUGUUCAUAAUGGAAUUGCAGAACUCCUAGUAAAUGGGAAGACUGAAAUAGCUUUGGAAGCUACUCAGCUCUUUCUGAAGCUUUUGGAUUCCCAAAAUAGAGAAGAAUUUAGAAGGCUACUGUAUUUCAUGGCUGUUGCAGCACAUCCUUCUGAAUUUAAAUUACAGAAAGAAAGUGAUAAUCGAAUGGUUGUGAAAAGGAUAUUCUCAAAGGCUAUUGUUGACAAUAAAAAUUUGUCCAAAGGCAAAACUGAUCUUCUGGUACUCUUUUUAAUGGAUCACCAAAGAGAUGUUUUUAAGAUUCCUGGAACUUUACAUAAAAUUGUUAGUGUUAAACUUAUGGCCAUACAGAAGGGAAGAGAUCCAAAUAAAGACACAGGGUAUAUUUAUUGCCAGAGAAUUGAUCAAAGUGAUUAUUCCAGUAGUACACAGAAGACAACCAAAGAUGAGCUGCUGCAUUUACUAAAAACUAUUGAUGAAGAUUCAAAACUGUCCGCCAAAGAGAAGAAGAAAUUGUUAGGCUGAUGAAAGCAGAGUUACUGUGGAGUAGCAACUCGUGAGGUCGGUCCAGCACCACUGUAGUCACGGGCCCACUACCUGGCACCGAGGGAGACAAUGUUUCAAAAUGGGCUUGUGUUAACAUGAGACCUCAGGGAAACGUUCAUUUCUGGACAAGACCCAAAACGCUCUCAGCGCUGCCCUGCUUCCGAACGACGUGCGCGGAGCGGAGCACUCACGAGAACUGCUUGUCCUCUGCCUUCCGUCUCUCCAGAAGUCUUGCAUUUCCUGCGGACAACGUGCAGCAGCCCGCUCAAGUAACGACUCAGAAACCAAACCGAGUCCCAGCCUUGGAGACUGCUGUCUAGGUGGCGGGUGUGGGGUUUCAGUAGCCAAAAUGAGGGAAGGCGAAUAAACUUCAUUUAG